AUGGCCUCGAAAGCACCACCACCACCACACCACCGACUUCUGCACACCCUCGUCCCGCUCACGGCGUUCCACCCAGUGCGCACCGCGUCCCACUCGUCGCUCCACUCGCUCGUCGCAUUUGCCCUGUCGCACCUCGCCCACCCCUCGUGCGACCCCUUGGUCCUGCACACCCUCCCUCCAACCACCGACCAACUCGACCCGGCAGUCGCAGCCCUCCCGAAACUCGUCUCGCUCCACCAACUCGUCCUGCGCACCUCGACCACCCCCUUGCACUCGUACACCCUCGUCGACUCGUUCGAGCGCCACAACCUCGCACCUCCUUUUUCUACCACGACCACCGACGACGACGACGAACGCGAGCAGAUGCGCCAGGACUUGGUCGCCCUCGACUGGCUCUCGGCCCGCGCAGGCUCGAACCGCAGACCCCGCCGCAAACACACGCCCCUCAUGCUCAUCGUCGUCUCGCCCGUCCCCCUCGCGCUCCCCUCCUCGUUCACCCACCAACCCCCACCACGCCCCUCGCGUAGCGCCAAACGCGCACUCAAGCGCCCGGCGCCUGCGCCUCCCGCGCCUGCACCACCAGUGCCACCAGCACCAGCUGCGACAGCGGCCGACGGUGGGGCGGACGAGGGCGACGAGCCUGCAGGCGAGGACGAGGGCGCGGCUGCGGCGGCAGCAGGGCCGGACGAGGCGAGGAGGAAGCGCCGCAAGAGGCGGCGCGGCAAAGGUGGCACAGCGGGUGCAGCGAGCGAGGGCGGCGUCAAGGGCGAGAGCAAGGGCAAGAGCAAGGGCGAGGGCAAGGGAGGAGGGAGCUAGGCGAGCGGCAUGGACGUAGAUGCGGCGUCGGGCGCGUGAAGAGCAGACCAAGGAGCGCAACUAGGACCCUUUCGCUCGCUCACUUGCUCGAGCGGGCUCUUGCCUCG